AAAUUUUCAGUUUUAGAUUUGCCUGCUGACCUUCAUUAGAGGCUCUGUGGGAAAAUCUUUUAGAAUAACAUCUGCUGUUUCCUUAAUAUGUAAAGCUGUCCGAAUCCAAGCAGCAUGCCAGAGGUAGAGAUAAUUCCUCUGGGAGAUGUGGUCUUGUGGAAGACUUACUGUUAAAGCUCUGUAGCAAACCACUGAAAGGGGAGACCAAGUGUUGAUCAAGUGCUGUGUGAGACUCGCCUUGUUUUUUUUUUUGUUUUGUUUUGUUUUAUUCCCCUCUCAAUAAAAUACAAUAAAUUUCACUUUUGGAGACUUUUUUUGUUGUUGUUUUUACAAGAGAAGAUAUUUCCAAGCAAGAUAAGUAACCCAGCACCAGCAAAGUCUCUAAAUUAGAUUGCAAAACACACAAUACAAAGAUGAACAGUGUGGCAGACUGGCUUGUGCAGAACAGGGACAAGAUUGAGAAAGGCGUGGAGAUCAUGGGCCAGGCCUCCGAGGUGCUGGCUUCCACUGUAGGCCAGCUUCACCCUGUCUUGGAGGCCGUGUUCGUGGCCUCGGCUGAGCUCCUCAGCAACCCGGAGGGCAAAGAGGCUCGCUACCUGACACAACAAUUCGAACUGGUGAAUCAGCAGCUCGAGGGGAUCCAGGACGAGAUCGAUAAAAUCGCACUGGAGCUGCAGAGGACGUCAAUGAACAAGCAGAACUUUGACCGAGAGGCUCAGAUGCUCAGCCAGUAUGAAAAGUUCCAGGACUUUGUCAACGCCAAGCCCAAGUUCAAGGAGAAGAAGAAGGAGAAGUUCCUCAGUCAUUUUGAGAACACUGACGGUGAUUUGAACCUGGACGCUCUCUACAACGCCGUCACUGGAGAGAACACCUCCGGAGACCCAAUGCUGGAGACAGUGGUCGCCACUGAGCAGAGGAGCAGAAGGGCGGUGGAGGAUUUCUGUGCUCGGCUGAAGAAGCUUUUCGUGGUGGGGAUUAUCGCCGUCAUGGGCCAUGCUGCCCUGAAGGAGGGAGCAGUUGGGGAGGAGAUGGUGAAGAAGUGGCAGCAGCGAAUGGAAGAUGUGGAGAAGCGAAUGAAAGCAGCAGUGGAUGACUGUACAGAGAACUUUGCAGAGCAAGCCAAGGUGGACAUGGAACACCAGCUGCAGGAGAAUCCCGGCACUGUUGACCAAGACUUCACCAAAACCCUACUGGAUUCACUGGUUAAGAAAUACGACUGGGUGAACUGGUCUGUCCGGGCCUUCAGCGACAGGGAACGUAUUUUCUUUUUCAACUGGCUGGCGGGAAAGAAGUACCAUGGAAGCGGAGGAGCCAACUGGUUUGACAUUUUGACCAAGAACAAGAUCAAAGUGGUGGUCUCGUUCUGUGUCAACCCCAAGCCCAUUAACAAGAGUCAGAUCCAGGAGCAGAUUGAGCAGCAGAAGCUGAAGGGGAACAUGAUGGCAGUGGCUCUGUCUCUGAACAAGAGCUUCCCCAACUGCCUGGUUCAUGCUGUCAGUCACUACAAGGCGGUGGUGGAGACCAACAACUUCCAUGAGGAUUGCUACUACUAUGGAAAACACAAAAGAGCUUACCUGUGUAUCCACCCCGAGUAGACUCACGGAGGUGUUCAGCUCUUUACCUAUGAAUUUAUGAAUGUCUUUACCAGAGACUUGAAAAUAUCUAAAUGAAAUAUAGAAAUCAUUCCUAAAUAUCUUCUCUGUUGAUGUAUAAUUGGCUCUGGGUUAUGUGAUCCGUUGUCUCGCAUUGAUUUUUACUCUCAAAAGUGUAGUUUCUUUUCUCUGUCAUAAAAAUGUUCGAGCCAUGCAUCUUCAUGUGGCUUAGCGUUAUGAUAAUGGUUCUGGAUAUUACUAGGAUUGGGCAAUACAGCAAUGUUAGUUUGACAUCUGUCAGAGGCUUUGACAUUCAUUUAUAUCAACCUAUGAAUGAGCAAUGUUGUGAACCAGUUAGCAGGAUCCAAUAAUUAUAUGUUUAUAUCUAUGUUUAUAAUAAUUUUUGUCUAAAACUUUGGCUAUUUUGAUCUUAUCGAUCGUUAAAAGCUGUAAAACAAGCAAACAGACAUUGAGAUGGAAUUGCUUUGUCAACUACAUGUUUCCAAAGUCAACAAUGACUGACCAAGUUUAACCUUUAAAGCUGGAGCUAACAGACAGUUAGCUUAGCUUAGCAUUAAAACUGGAAACAGGGGUAACACAGCUAGCUUGGUUCUUCCCAAACACAAUGAGAUCCUUCAACGUUUGCCGUAUAAUGUGACAGGAUGCAUUUCAACCCAAACCAUAAUUUUUCCUAAACUUCACCAACCAGUGAAUGAAAAGCAGACAUAAGUCACAAAAUAUUGGUUUGAUGUUUGGAGAACGUUGUCAGGGCUACAGAUCGUGCAUCAUGAUAACGAAAGGUAUAGUGUUCUCAAACCAACAUCGUAUACAUUCCCACAACGUUCCACAGUGUUGCAGGCAUUAAGGAACAAGGCCAAAAUUUGGAAUACAUUUGAAGAACAUUCAGGAGUAACAGUCUAGCAGUGUUACCAGCAAACUGUUUUAGAACGUCUUUUUAAAAGCGUUAUCCUACCUUUAGGAAGAACAUUCUGACAGCUUUGAGAAAACUUGUUGUCAAAAACAUCGCUUAAACUUUGCAGAAUUUUCUCCAAACAUUUUUAGAACCAAAAGGUUCUAGCUGGGUAUUGCCCACUCCUAGAAAUAACCAUGUCUGACAAAAUAACUGAAUAUUUGUGCUGCUUUUGGUGCGAUAUGUGGGGCAAACAUUUAAAAUCAACCACAAUCUUCAUCAACACGCUCAUGUAUGUAUUAAUUCAUUUUUAAUAAACAAAAAUAAGGAUG